CCAGCAUACCCACGCUCAGGUAUACAAUAUGGCACCUCGUAACGAUUCAUACAAAUUCGGCAGUAUCGUGCGCAUUAAACUCAUUGACUUCGUAACAUAUGACGAUGUUGAGUUUCGACCUGGACCCCAUCUGAACGUAGUUAUCGGUCCCAAUGGAACCGGCAAGUCAUCGCUUGUGUGCGCAAUAUGUUUGGGAUUGUCCGGCCCGCCUGCACUGUUGGGGAGAGGAUCGAAAGUGAGCGAUUACGUAAAGCACAAGAAAGACAAGGCUAUCAUCGAGAUUGAAUUGAAGGGCAAUAAGCGGAAUACAAUCGUACAGAGAACCAUAUACACGGAUGACCGAUCUGACUGGAAACUCAACGGGAAGACUGCCAGCAAGAAAGAGGUCAAAACUGCUGUGACUAGCUACAACAUCCAGUUGGACAAUCUAUGCCAGUUCUUACCCCAGGAUAAGGUCACCAAUUUCGCCAAGAGUAGUGCAACUGAUCUGUUACAUCUCACUCAAGACAUGGUGGGAACUGAGGAUAUGCUCGAGGUAUUCUUAACUUGUUAA